AUGUCGUCCUUUCUUACGCCUCCAAAAUCCGGGCCUAAUGGCCUGCGGCCAACCGUGAAGCCUCGGUUUGCGAAGCCAAAUCCUGUCCGGGCUAUGCGCGAGCGAGAGGAACGUCGAGCUGCUGCCGCCACCACUUCACAGUCCCUUCGAAUCAACGCCGUCAAUCGCAACGCCUCGCUCGCAGCUCCCUCCCGGCCGCAAUGUCCCAACAAGUCAUGUCCGAACCCGAAUGUCGUCGACGGCACAUGUCAGACAUGUGGCCGCAUCGCUGACGACAGCAACAUCGUUUCCGAGAUUACCUUUGGAGAGUCUUCCAACGGCGCUGCGGUCGUUCAUGGCUCUUACAUUGGAGCCGAUCAGGCUGGUGUCCGAAGUAUGGGACCUGCGUUUCGGAGGGUUGGUGGAUCAGAAGACAGGGAAAAGAGCAUUCGAGAGGCCAAGAGUUUGAUGCAGGGAUACGCACAGCAGCUCAACGUCGGAGAGAGCUUGAUCACGGCUGGAACGCAGGUCUUCAAGCUCGCCUCGAGCGCCAACUUUGUACAGGGUCGCACCCUCGCCAGUGUCGCCGCCGUCUGCCUAUACGCCGCUUGCAGAGCACAGCCGCCAUGUAAGGUUAUGCUUAUUGAUCUGGCCGAUCUGGUGCAGCUCAACGUCUUCAAGCUCGGUCGCAUCUUCAAGAAGCUCAACGAGGUGGUUCCAAUCGGCAACGACGGUCUCAUCCCUGUGUACCCUGAAGAUCUCAUCUGGCGGUUCGCGACAAAGAUGGAGUUUCACCAGGAGACAGCCAAGGUUGCCGAGGAUGCCGUUCGCUUGGUGAAGCGUAUGAGUCGGGAUUGGAUGGUCAUGGGUCGUCGACCCUCUGGUAUUUGUGGUGCUUGUCUUCUCAUGGCUGCGCGUAUGCACAACUUUCGACGGACUGUGCGAGAAGUCGUCUACAUCGUCAAGGUCACCAAUCACACCAUUCAGAGCCGCCUGCAAGAGUUCAAGGUCACCGAGUCGAGUCGAAUGUCGGUCGAGGACUUCUUGAAGCAGGAUUUCCUGGAGAGCUCACACGACCCACCUUCAUUCUACAGAAACACUGAGGAGUACAAGAAGACUUUGGAGGGUAAGAGCAAAAAGCGCAAGCGACCAUCGGCGGACUUGGAGGGUGAUGAGGGUGAAGACGCGCUGGCUGACAAGAUCGAUCCCCGCCUGAUUGAAGGUGGUGCCGACUUGUCCAAGGCUCCUGUCGUGGAGUAUCGUCGCGACGACGACGGAUUUAUCAUUCCACCCAUCCCCUCAAAGAUCGCGAAGGACCCAUCGCUGGUUAACAGACUCAAUGGAAACAACGCGACAGACGACCAGAGCGAAGAAGCCAACGUGGAAAAUCUCGACAACUUGGUUGAAGAGUUUGGCGACGCGCUGGAAGAGGAGUUGGAAGGGGAAUCUCGAGCGAACGGAAAGCAAAAGGGAAAACCUCAACUGCCCAUUAACGAGGAGUGGGAGCAGGAUGAACAGGAACUGGAGGGAGUCAUCGAAGAGAUCUUUAACGAUCCUUUGACAUACGAGCACGCCAUGGCCUACUCGAAUGCCGAGCAGCGAGCGCAGAUCCACACCGUCUGGGCAUUACAACAGCGACCCCAGAAGGAAGUUUCCAUGUCGGCGGAUGUGACAGAAGAUGAAUUUGCCGACGAUCCCGAGGUCAUCAAUUGUCUGUUGUCGCCAGAAGAGGCCCAGAUCAAGGAGAUGAUCUGGGUCAACCAAAAUAAGGAGUGGCUACGAAAGCACCAAGAGAAGGUGUUCCGGAAGAAGGUUGAAGCAGAGCGACCAAAACAGACACGAAAGCGACGAAAGCGAGCCAGGAUGGGCGAGGGACAGACCAGCCCAGCCAGUUCAGCAGCUGAGGCGGCCGUCAACGUUGCCAAGGAUCGCGCGUGGUCCAAGAGGAUCAACUACGACGCCAUCCGCAACAUUUUCGACAUGCCCAACGUUGGAGGACCCGGAUCAGAAGCCACAAGCCAAAAGACGAGCGUCGCUGGCAGCACCAUGGGCGGUGACGACGCAAGCGAAGCAGGUAACGAGAGUGUGGUUGGCGAUGAGACAGAGGCUCCUCAGGAGGAAGAGGAAGAGGAAGAAGAGGAGCAGUACGACGAGACACAAAAUUACGGCGAUGGAGAAGAGUUUGGAGGUGGAGAGUUUGAGGGUGGUUACGAUGAGGAUGAUCCAGAUAUGGAUGCCGAGUAUGGACUCGACGACGAGUAUGCUUGA